GUGCACACAUCAUACACACAAAAUCUUCCAUAAUGUAUGCAGUAAUAAAAUAUAAUUAGUAAUGUUGAUGCUUUCAAAUUAUCCGGAACCUGCUAUUCAUAGAGUACAGCCACAUUUAAUAUACGUACUUCCAUUCGCAUAGUGCAGACCAUAUCUGUGUUCCCGUGUAUUGAAAUUUGUACUGAAUAAAGAGUCCUCUUUAGCCAUGCAUACCAUCAAAUUUGUUCACAUAGGUGUGGUUUUACUACUCUGUGCAUUUCAACUAGAGGCAACUGUUAAAAGAGAUAUUGAUCUAUCUGCCCUUUACAAGGGGAUAUCAGAGGACCGCUUACCUAAGGAAAUCAUUCCACUAAGUUAUGAAAUAAAACUUGAACCCAACAUAGAAGAACAAACAUUUUGCGGCCUCGUUAAAAUAAAAUUGCGUUGGAUUAACGAUUUUAAAAAAAUCUUUUUACAUGCUCACUUUGACUUGAUUUUAAAAGAUGAUAAAAUAAAACUACAAAAAAUUAAAAGAGAUAUCGGAAACGGGACAACUUUUGAGAAUAUAAUUAUUUUACGAAGCGGAAGACUCCCACGAAAGACGAUCUAUGUUUUGCACUUAAAAGAGAUAGUUCAAAAAGACUCUGAAUGUGUUCUUGAAAUACCAUUCGAAGGAAAUAUUUGGGAAACUGCAGAUGGACUUUUUAGAGGGUAUUAUACCAAUUCUACCACUCUUAGCCAGGAAGUAUAUUUGGCUACCAAUUUAAAACCAAACAAUGCACGACGCUUGUUUCCCUGCUUUGAUGAGCCUGGAUUAAAGGUUCCAUUUACAGUAUCAAUCGCCAGACCUAAAAAUUUCACAACUGUUUUCAAUACACCGUUGCUUCGAACUAUUCAACACCCUGUUUUAAGCCACUACAUGUUGGAUUAUUUUGAUAAAACACCGCCAAUGUCUACAUUUACAUUUGGAUUUGUAGUAUCAAAGCUUAACCGGUGGAGUAUUAAUCCUAUGAACGAAACAUACAAUCUAUCGUCGCCGACUAUAAAUAUUUGGAGUAACAAAUUCAGCACAGAAUUACAGGAAGUUCACGAAAAAUUAUAUUUGGUCUAUGAAACUAUCAACGAUUAUUUUAAUUUAACAAUUCCAUUGCCUAAAAUUGAUGUGCUUGCCAUUCCCGAUCUACCAACCAUAAACUCUAAUGGAAUUUGGGGCAUACUGACCAUAAGAGAGACUGAACUUUUUAAGGAGGGCUAUUUUGUGCUAGCGCGCGAGCUUGUAAAUCAGUGGAUUGGCUCGUGGAUUACUCCCGAAUGGUGGAGUGAGGCCAAUGUGAACAAAGCUCUGACCAGUUUUUUAGCUGCUGAAUUCGCUAUGACGAUAGACGGCGGUGUGGAGUUUAACGGAAAAUAUCCUAUGACAAUUCUGUACUCAUUGUACUAUGAACUAAGCAAAAGAUAUCCUCAUUCACGGAUUACUGGAAUGAAGCAAGAAACCGAAUCAUUCAAGACAGAACUUGUUAUUCGAAUGCUUAACUUUACAUUGGGAAAGUCCACAUUUCAAAAUGGACUACGCAAAUUUAUUUUAAAUCAUAGAUAUAAAACUUUCAUCGGGGACGACAUUUGGAUUGCACUAUCCAAUCAAGCAAUUAAGGAUGGAACACUUGACAGUGGCCUUAAUAUAUCAUACAUUGCGGAAUCGUGGAUAAGUCAAAAUCGCUUACCGCUUAUAACUGUUAAUAGAGAUUAUGACAAAGGAACUGCCAAAAUAAACCAAAAAGUAUAUCUUAGGGAAAGGCCUCAUGAUGUUCCCGACAAGGAAAAAAUGCUAUGGUGGAUUCCAAUUAUAAUUAGUCGUCAAGACACUCUUAACUUGCCGAAUUAUACCUCUAAGGUGUGGAUGAAUAGGACUAAGGAAAUAAAUAUAGCAAAUCUUCCUGACAAAAGUCAAUUUAUUAUCAUAAAUAAAGAAGAAGUUGGUCCUUUUCCAGUCAACUAUGAUGAAGAAAAUUGGAACAUGUUGUCAAAUUUCUUACAAACUGCAAAGGGCAGGUCAGCAAUACCAACAUAUACCAGGGCUAAAUUACUGCACGAUGCCUGGAAUCUAGCUUAUGCAGGCGACUUAAGUUUUGCUACGGCUUUUAAUAUGACUUUAUUCAUGAAGUAUGAGCGCAAUCAUAUUGUUUGGAGUCCUGUUUUUACUUUUAUAGACCAUUUCGGCCGAUAUAUCGAUAUGUCCGAAGUUCACACAAAAUUUGAGCGAUAUACUAUAUACUUCUUAGCGCCUUUAUAUGAAGAGCUUGGGCCUGAGAGUGAAAAUGAAAAACAUUGCAAAACAGAGAUGCGGAAAUUGGCAAAGACUUUUCUGUGUCGUGCAGGAUAUCCACCAUGUAUUGCAGAAGCACAACAAUCAUUUGGAAUGUGGAUAAAUGAGUCAAAUACAGAUUUUGAUCGGAUUCCUAAGGAAUAUAUUUGUCCUGUUUUUAAAUGGGGGUCGAUGGAAGAAUGGAAAUUUGGAUUGAAAUAUGUAAGCCAGUUCCCAAAGUCCCGUUUACGAAGUGAACGAACUUUUUUAUUGAAAAUGCUCGUUGGCUGUCCAUCGGAGCAUGAAAAGAUUAAUCAUCUACUAGACUUGGCGCUAUUAGGUCCUAAUUCGAAUUUUACCGAGAACGACAUACUUUUAAUAUUUAAUACUUUAACUGGCGGAUCUGUUGGAUAUACAUCGUUAUUGAAAUUUGUUGUUAAGAAUUGGACUUUUAUUCGACAAAGGUUUCAAACCAAAACUAAUCUGUGGGAUAAAUUAAUAAGCUCAGCGACUGGAAUGUUUGCAACUCAAAAGGGAUAUAAUAUGGUUAAGGAUUUCUAUGAUCAACAUUUGGGACAAUUCGGAAGUGCUCAGCAUAUAAUUGAAAAAUCCCUUCGAAAUAUCAAAGAGGAAGCGCAAUGGAGCGAUCAAAAUCUGCCAGUGAUUGAAAAGUGGCUAGAAACCUUCUUAUCAAAUACUAUCAGCAAAAAAUAAAUAUAUGUAAAAAUA